CCAACCUAUGUGAACUCAACUUGCAUGUAUACUUCUCGACAACUUCAUUAAAUCUCAUAAAUCAUCAUCUUUUACAUAAAGGUACGCGAUAUGUCACUCUUAAUGGAUGGCUGGGAUCCCUGAUGCAGAGUUUUGACGCUACGGAUGUCUCCCCUUGGAAAGCUUUGGAUAACUAGUAUAACAUCGCGAUUUCGCAGAUGCUUCAAACUUAUCAGAUUACUGAAUACAUUCACCAUCUGAUCCAAGCUUCAUUUCAUGGAGAUCACCAAAAUCACCUCUUUUUGGAUUCUCCCCUAUUUUGGCACGUGAUCAUGUUCUUGUCUACACGCGAGCAUUGCAACCUACAAGUGUUUGGUCUUUCUAUCGCUUCUACAUAAAGUAGGGGUACUGAGCUUUACCGUACGGCAAUACUCGAUCCUCUUCAUGAUAAUCUACAUAUAAGCCCUUGACAUGUCACAUUCAUUGCCUUCACAACUAAAAAUUCAACAGACUUUCUCGGUAAAUUUCAACAAAGUAUUCCUAAAGUUUAACCAUCCCCCGUCAUGCCUUACAACAAUGCCGCAAUUCCUCCUCGUCACGAGGCAACGGGAACAACUCAGCUACCUCGUAAGCUCAACCCUACCCAAGCCUCCUCGUCCCAAACUAACAUCUACCAGUAUCACGUAUCAAGAAGAUUAUCGGAACCGAUCAAGACAUUAACAUGUGCUCUAACAAUGCCGCGUUUGUCAUUACUCUAGCCACGGUAUGUUUUCAAUGCCUCUCUGAUACUCUGCAUACAAAAGCUAAGCAUACAAAAGGAAAUGUUCAUUCAAUACAUGGCCGAAUCAGGCCACAAUGUUGUCAAGUCUGAACGCAAACCUCGCCGCAACAUCCAGUACCGGGAUCUUUGUAAGUUUCUCCUCCUUCCAGUUCCACCACAUACGUUCGUCUCAAUCACGAAGUUGCCCCUUCACCUCUCAAUCUCCACCAACACACUAAAACAAUCCUCAGCCUCCGCCGUCUCCCACAUCGACAACCUCGAAUUCCUCAGCGACAUAAUCCCACGCACCGUCCCACUCAAAGUCGUAAAAGCCCGCGCCCACAUAGCCAACACCCUCAUACAAGCCCAACCCACCAACCCGCUUCCCACCCCGCCCCACCGUCACCAUCUCCGGCCCCUCAACCACCCACGCCGGCCCCUCAGGCACAAACACCUUCCCCCACCCCUCGACACCGCCCCACCCUGUUUCCGUCUCCGGCCUCCUAGACUCCAUCUGGAUCCCCAUCUAACCCCACCCCUCCAGCUCUCAACCAAAUCCAGCCUCAAACCCAAACCCAAAUCCAGAACCAACCUCAACCUCAAACCCAUCCAAACACCAUCCCCAUAAUCCACACCAAUGGUUUCACUCCCGCCAACGGGUUUACCCCCGCCAAUAAACCCCAAAAACAACAACAACAAAAACAGCGGAGAACUAGUUCUGGUACAACUACAGGCACAAGCCCCGAAGAAGAAGAUCCUAAUGCGCAAUUGAGGAUGGAGAGUCAAGCUAAUAGUGAUGAGCAAGAAGAUGUGGAGAUGAGUUAGAACGGUGGUGUUAUUUGCAUUGGAUUGAGGAUUUUAAUUUCUGCAAGGGGGGCGGGAUGCUUGGGGUGGAAUGAAGAAGAAAAGGAAGAGUUGUUUUGUAAAGAGAGGUGUUACUUUUUUGAUUGCGCGUGUGGUUCGGAGUCUGUAUCCUUGUACCAUAAAUAUCACAUUGCGUUACAAAGGCUGAAUCAAAAUUCAAUAC